CUCGUCUGCGGGCCCUACCGCGUCCCUUUCCUCCUCAACAAGCCCGGAUCGGGCCAGCGCGUCACUGGAGAGCUCUACGCGGUUUCUCCACGCGGUCUCUCUCGCCUCGACGAGCUCGAAGGGACGAGCCGUGGCCAUUACGUCAGACAACCGAUCCGUCUCCUAAAGGAGGAGGGAGGAGAUGAUCUUGAAACAGAGCAUGCUUUGUCGUGCGUGGUGGAGGCGUACUACGCGCACAAGAGCUACGAGGAGGAGCUGUGGGAGAGGAAUAGGAGGAGAUCGUUCGGCGCGUACACGGAGAAGGAAGCGCGUGGGUACGUGAAGCGGAACGAUAGACCGCAGCAUCUUAGCUUCUUGGAUCAUAUCCGUAUUUUCGUUUCUUCUCCAUGUGACUGAUUUUAAUUUUCCAUCUCUCUUGGUGGAAAAAAAAUAAAAAAGAAAAUAGUUAUUUACAAAAAAAAUAUAUAAGGACCUACCAGAUCCGUCGUAUCCGUACUACGGUUGUCCUUUUGAUUAGGUUCUGUAAUGGACCAAUGGUUGUUUGGAUGUAAAACAAUAUAAGUACUCUAUCUUGAUAAGUUCUUGGUCGUUCUUGUUAA